ACAGAAAAGGCAUAACAGAAGUGAGGAACUCAGAAGAUAGGGUAGCAGUUUAAGAGAUGGUGAUUCCAAAGGGACAGAUUGGGAGCACCUUCAGCCCCAGAGAUGUUCCACAGACUGCUUCGUCUAAACUCAGUUUCAUCACCUUACCUAUUUUUCAACUUUGCCUUUUCUCCUCAAGAAUACUGCUGCUUGCCUUUGACUCCUCAGGGGGUGGAGCAAAUGAUUUCCUUCCUGGAUGGGGCAGUCUAUGGUCAGUGUACAAGAGUUGCUGUAGCAACCCCGCAGCUGUGCUCUGCCUAGCAGAAACUCGGGAUCAGAAAAUUAGUAAAUGCAAACCAUGGAUGAAAGUUAUAAGAUUGUUUCCACAGAAAGGAUCCAGGUGUUGGAAAAAGAACUGGCUGUGCAAUUGACAGAACUGAAGUCUGAGAUAGAAAAACACGGGACUCUUCAGGGGUCAACUCAUCGAGCUUACAGCUCUGUUCGAAUGCCAAAGGACAUUUCUUACUUUAGAAGAGAAAGGGAACUGGCUCUAAAGAAAACUUUACAGGUGGCUGAGUCAAAACCCCUUGUUAUUCAAGCAGAUGUCAUGCAGAGGGAGCUAGAGAGCUGCCUAAGGAGAGAGUACACUCCUGAAAAUUUACCUUUGCUUCUGUUGCAGUAUUAUACAGAGAGAAUUACCCAGCUGGCCCAGAGUAAAUAUUUACACAUGCUUAGGUGGAAGAGAUUUUGCCAUCACAGUAAGAUCAUGGAGCAACUUUAUCCUUUUUAUAAGGCCCUCCAGUAUUUGCCCAUCUCCAAAGUGCUGAGUGUAGCUGUUGACGAAGUCCCCAAGGUUGGUCAGGAAAAUGAAACGGUCCCUGUCAAUGACAUUGACCCUGACAUCCAGGGUUCUGCAUCUCCAGGCUCUAUGAAUACCAGCGUUUCAGGGCCAACAAGAACAGAAGCUGCUUUCUUUCUGCCCCAACACACAACAGAAACAGAAGAACUGAAACCUCAGCUGAGGUUCCUGCUCUCCCAUUUCUGUAUCCCAUAUGACAUGGAAGAACUAAGGGAUGCUUCUAAGGAGAUAGAACAUUUUUCCUUGGUUUCCCCCAAAUUUCAAAGCAUCUUCAUGGAGCAACAGAGAAUGCAAACAUUUCCAGAUUAUGAUGCUGAGAUAGCUAAAGUGGAGAAUUUGGGUUUGGUGGGACCUGGUAUGGCCUUGAAAAAGAGAGCAAACUGGAUUUCCUUUAUAAAGAUUAAGCCAAAAUGUGAUCCUUGGCAAAAGAAGCUUUUGACCAAACUAAAAGAACGGAGAAGAACAGAUGUAUUAAUGCAACUCCAAGCAAAGUUUUUGAAGAUUUCCAACCCUGAGAGAGUAAUGCAAGUGCUCCAAGAUCAUGCUGCAAAAACAGUCUUGCUGGCUUCAUCUCAUCCAACAUUUGUGGCUUCCCAGGGUUUGCAUCAGGGCGACUAUGACCAAAUCUGGGAGACUAUUUAUAGCAACAUCAACCUCUACCAGAAUGAAAACAUGAAGGAAGAUGAUCUUUCAGUGGAACGAGAUGAAAAUGACCCAGCACAAAUAAGUCUUAGCCAGUGUGCUAAUGAGCCUGUCAAGCAGAAGAAAGAGACAGGGUACAGUUAUGCAGUGGCCCUACAACUGCUGGGCUUGGAUGACGGGACUGGGCCCAUUGAUAGGGAUCCUGUCCUGAUGAGGGGGACCUACUUGUCCUUUCUGUAUCUGCGCCACCUGAGGAUCAGGGAGCUGCAGCGCAUCUGCUUAGGAAUUCUGAACUGUUUUAGAUCUGUUGAGCGAACACUGACGAUCAACACUUCAGGCCUUACCUUGGUUGCAGGGAGCCUGGUCCCCACCUCAGAAGAUAGUUCCUGGGUAAAUGUGGCAAAAGGAGGCUUGGGCACCUCGCAAGGCCUAAGCGCUCACCACUAUGCCCAUGGGACAUCUGCCGAGCACAAGGUCUAAAGUGUCCAAUUCACGGAGUUCUUGGAAGUGGAGAACCAGGAUGACUACUACAGCAUGGAUGCUGGUUACGUCCACACCCAGGACCAGCAAGGAGGGUCACAAAGAGGGCAGCGAGUCAAAUAUUGACCAGGACUGGGGAUGGGCCCAUGCAGGUGUGGACAGAUUUGCUGUGCUGUAUGACAUGUGGACUUGGGAAGCAACUCUUCUAGAAAACAAGCGCCAGUUACUCUGAAGCCUACCAGCAUGCGUUGGACCCAGAGGAGAGGUUUGCCUUAGCACAAGCCAUCACUGACGUCAUACACAGGUGCCC